AUGAAAAUAUACGGGCAUCCCUUCCCCGUCAACAUGGUCUAUACUGACAUCGGCUACGGGUCAAGCAGCAGUUCGAGCAGACGUCCAGCGGCGGCGGCGGGGAGCUGGGCAGCGGCUCGGGGAGGGCGACCAGAUCGGGCGGGCGGGCGGGCGGCGGUCCCGGGGCAGUUCAGCGACGGCCUCCUCCGUCGUCGCUCGCCGCCCCGGCUUUCUCCCUCCUCUCCACUCGUCGCCUGGUCUCCAUCCGCCGUCGUCGGGCAUGGAAUCAGCGUAUCCGCCACCGGGCGCCCGGUUGGCCAGUGGUGGCGGAGCGGAGCGGCCGGCGCGCGGCUGGCCGAGUCAGAGGCUAAUAACAAGGUAAAGACCAGCAAUGGCAAGCGGCGGCAGGGAGACGACGAUGAGGCGCCGCCACAGCCGCCGGCGGCGGCGCGGUCGAUCGGUGGGUACGAAUCCGUGCACAGGCUCCUCGAGUCCAACCUCUCCCCUGACCUCUUCAAGGUCAUCAAAAUUCUGGAUGCUUCAGAUGUAGUUAUGUUGCUUUUCUCUUUUAUGGGUUUCAACAGGUCAUCAUCUGGUUAUGUUGAUUGGCCUAACCACAUCUCAAGAAGCUAUGUGUAAGUUUGUAGCAAAAAAUGUCAUUGCACAUCAACAAGAAGGCCUUACUGUAAUUCAAUCCUCUAUUUGCUAUGAGUGGAGGACAAGAAGCAAGGAGUGAUUCCAUGGAAUGUUUGGAAGAUUUGUUUUGGUUUUUUGUUUUUAGAUCUUUUUGUUAUUAGGUUGAAUUCUGAGAUAAUUGUUUGAAUUCUGUUGUAUUCCAAUUGUUGUAUCUACUAUUGUUUGAAUUCUGAGAUGAACUAUGACAAAUUUUUAGUAAUCCA